AUGCGGCACACCACGGAAUGCGAACAGUCACGACUCCUUCGAGAUCUGGGAGCGCUCGUCAACCAGCGGAAAGCCCACAUCGCUUCGCGCCGUUCGCCGACUCCACCUCCCGAUACCCGCAGUUCUGCAGAAGUGUUUUUUGAGUUUGAGCUGAGACGGCUGUUUUUUUGUCUCGGAAACUUCCCCAAGCUCUUUCGGGGACUGUCAGACGACGAGUUUCGGGAGUCUGAUCUCGGGCCCAAGGCGCUGUGUGAUCUGCUGGAGAGGCUUAUUGACCCUCGGCUGCCCUUGAAGACGGAGCCCGGGUCACUGGCACCAGGGGACCAUCCGCGUCUCCUCGCGCUUGCUGAGUUGUUGCGGGAAUCUACUGAGUCCUAUCAUCUCGCAACCAGAUCGGACCUGUCCUUGUUCCAAGCUCCGGACAACAAGGCCGAGAGCGACCGCGACUUGGAACAGCUGACAGAACGCAAUGCAUUUUUCAAUCGAUUACUCCCGCCGUCCGCACAGGAGACAGAAGCUUCACCCACGGCAAAGAGUAACUCGGAACGGGCCGAUUCCCCAGCCGAGAAAUCAUGGGGAGACCUGGACCUGCGCGACCGAGCAACCACAACCCUCAGCGCUCUUGUCAACCGCCUCGAAUGCAGACGAAGCCACGCAAUCAUGUUGAAGCUCUCGGAAGAGGCGCACCGUACCAUAUCCACCGAGCUGAAUCUCAGGCUGUCCGCCUGCCGGGACAAGUGCGGGUGGCUCGAUCUACAAUGCAGUUUCACCGAGUCGCGCUGGACCGCUUCCAUGGCCGUGGUCAAAGACCUUUGCGCCGACCUUGGUCGCAAUAUUGGUCAGGGCAAGGCCCUUGUCGUUAUGAUCAAGCAGGAUGGCUUGUUUGGCGCCUGGACCAAAUCGCAGACGAGCUCUCGGGCGAUGCCCAUGGAAACGCUGGACCAGCUCAUUUUGAAUGGCGCCUUCCAGUCGAUGAGCCCUCGGAUGCUCUUCAGCGGGUGCGGAAGGAGGUACAAGCCACACGAGAAGCGGGCUUUGGCAGUUCGCCUCGGCUACUGCCUCAUGGACUUCUUCGACCGCGACUUGAGCUCGAACCGCAUAUCUCUUCUCAGCGGCACUUCAAGCCAGUCCCGAAGCGACACCCUUUAUCUCUCCUUUGACUCUGACUGGCCAGUCCUGGCUGAGCGGACCAACUUCCGCGCCGGCCAUCCUGCCCUCCUGUCAUUUGCAAAACUCCUCCUCGAGAUCGAGUUCGGCGACGCCAUUCCUUAUGAAAUUAGCCACCACGAACAUAAGACUAACCUCGCCACUUGGGCCGAGCUCUUCGAGAUGGUCGGAAUGCUUGAGGAAGAACACUGCGGCAGUUACCUCGCGGCCGUGUCAGGCUGCCUCCUAGUCCACCGCCAAAUUUCCGAGGCGUUGAGGUUAAUCGGCACCGAUGGCAAGGCUGCCGAGGCCGCGAUUCGUAAAAGCCUCUACACCGAGAUUGUCUGUAAACUCGAAGCCGGGGUCAAGGAAUCCACCCCACCAUCCCGGAUGAAGCGUCAGCGUUCCAUCUCCCCGGAACCAGCUACGCAACAGCGAAAAUCCAAGACCAGGGUUAUCGCGGGCCGACAGGGGCUAGUCUCCUCUGGUCAGUAUCACAGCGGGUUAGCUUCGACACCCGUAGCCAUUACAGUCGGCGAACCUAGACCAAUUCCGCGAUAUCAACGCCGAACAGCGUCAUCAUCAACCUCUGGCGGCCAGUUCGACGAUGACACGCCGGGUGAUUAUUCCGCCGACAUAUGCCGAUUUGCCGAUAGCUUCAUCAACACUCACCGUGAUCUCUAUGACGAACUCAUCGAGGACCCAACGACCGUGCCUCGCGUCAAGGUAGCAGUCCUUGAUACUAGUCUCGACGAAGGGCAUACAUACAUCCGCAGGAACAAGAGCCGCAUCCGGGAAGUAAGGAGCUGGUUACCCCACCGUGAUGAGUCGACAGGAGGUGACCUAUGCGGCCACGGGACUCACGUAACCAACCUUCUGCUCGACGUGGCACCCGACUGCGACGUCUACUUCGCCCAAGUCGCUGCUCAAGUAGCCGACCCCGUACCCCCCCCGCCGCGCCGGAUUGCCGAAGUCAUCGACCAUGCGGUAGUCGAGUGGCAGGUGGACGUCAUUUCCAUCUCCUUUGGCUUCCGCGAUGAGACGAGGCAAGGGUGUGAUGAGCUCCGUGCGGCCGUCAUUCGAGCCCAAGCUGCCGGUGUUCUUCUGUUUGCUGCGGCAUCGAACAUCGGAGCCUAUGGCAUUCCGGCAUUCCCUGCGCGACAAAGCGGCGUUUUCUGUAUCUACGCCGGCGACGGAAAGGGGAAUUCCUCAAGGACUUGUCCGACGGUGAGAAACAACGAUGUCAACUUCCUGACCCUCGGCGAAGGCGUCAACUCGGCAUGGCCACAAUAUAAGCCUCACGGGUCAUCCCAUUACGUCCGGACCAAGCGCAAAUCGGGGACUUCGUUUGCUACUCCCAUUGCAGCAGGCGUCGCGGCAACCUUUCUUCUGUAUGCGCGCCAGAACUUGACCGCGCAGGAAGCUAAAAGGUUCAAGGAGUAUGACAAGAUGAAGGAUUUGCUCGCGCGGAACGCACACACAAGACACGGUUAUCACGUCUUGUCGCUAGACAUGUUUUACAAGCGAACGCCGGGGGAGAGAAAAUUGCUGAUGAGGAACAUCAUCGAAGGGAGAGAAUGGUGA